AUGUCUGGCCGACAUUUCACAGCAAUUACUUGCGAUUCGUGUAAAACAUUUUUCAGGAGAAAUGCGUUCAAAGAAAAUCGAUUGAAAUGCGGUUUUGAAGGCAAAUGUAAUAUCACUCCCAAUACAAGAAAGUAUUGCCAAAAAUGUAGACUUAAUAAGUGUUUUGCAGUCGGAAUGAGAAAAGAAAUAAUGAAUUCAGACGAAGAAAAUAAGAGAAGACGACAAUUGAUUGAAGAAAAUAAGCAAAAAUCUGAACAAAACGUGGACUCAAAUAACACACAAAUCUCUGACCAAACCGUUGGCCAAGAAGUCGAUGAACUCAUUGACAGUACAUUAUAUAUAACGGAUAUCGCAUUGAAUAAACAGAUACUGGAAAUUGAAAACACAUUAAACAAAGAUUAUACUAAUGAUGAGAAUAUAAUACAAAACUCAUUGCCAUUACAAUUGGUUCCCGUAUUCAAAAUACUGGAAAUUGAAAACACAUUAAACAAAGAUUAUACUAAUGAUGAGAAUAUAAUACAAAACUCAUUGCCAUUACAUAACCAAGGGCAUAAGUUUCUCAACUGUCUAAUAUUGCCAAACUUAGUUAACCUCAGUUUGGCAUACGCUCUCGACAAUUUACGUAGUUUCAAAAAUAUCUGCAAAAGUGAUCAAUACUUGCUUAUGAAGAGCCAAUUCUUAGACAUUACUUUUUUGCGGACUUUAAUCGAUUACACUCUUCACCCCAAACGUGCCAAACAUAUCGCAUACAACUGCUAUAAAUUAACAGCGAUUACACUCUUCAACCCAAACGUGCCAAACAUAUCGCAUACAACUGCUAUAAAACUCGAACAACAACUGUAUAUAUAUUUACUGCAAAGAUAUCUACUCUUGAAAUACCGCUCGGAAUCGGAAUCACAGACAAGACUACAGAAUCUGAUGAUUAUAUUAAAUGAAUUUAAAAUUUUAUACACCUGUAAUACCUGA